AGUAAAUUUGAAGUCGGUGGAACUAUUUGUGGGUGUGCCGAGGUUUACCCGACUCAUCCGAAGUUUUCCCUACCUCAGGUGAGCUGCAUCCUGGACAACAAGGACAACAACAGUCGCAAGUCGAGUUCAACAGCUUGGGAUUACUGUCACAGUUUCACCAUCGACAACGACACGACCGGGAAUAAGGCGGCAACACAGUUUGCCGAACGAUACCUGCUUCCCUUCCUCCACGAGGACCUGCAGCGACUGGCCGACAUGGUGCGCCAGAUACCCGACUACCCGCGCCAAGGCAUCGAGUUCUGUCACGUGCUCGGCAUCGAGUUCUGUCACGUGCUCGGCAUCUCCCAGAAGCCCGGUGGGCUGGCCCUGUGUACGUCGCUGCUGAAAACCCACUUCGCCGGUGACUGGGCCAAAGUCGAUGCGGUGGUGUGUUGCGAGGCCGGCGGGUUUGUCUAUGCGUCGGCGUUGGCCUCGUGGGUCAAUGUGCCAUUGGUGCUGACUCGGGACGCUGGCAAGCUCCCUCCACCCACCGUGUCGGUUAUCAAGCUCUCAUCGCAUAUCUCUUCUUUGGAAUCCAACGAUUCGACGGAGAAGCGGAUCGAAAUGGAACGGGAUGUCCUACCCAGGGGGGGUUUCGUGGUAGUGGUGGACGAUGUACUCUCCACCGGGAAGACGCUCUGUGCGGUGUUACAGCUUCUGGAUAAAGAUGGAAUCGGCUCCGAUGAUGUCAGCAUAAUGACCGUGGCCGAGUUUCCGGUUCACCGUGGCCGGGAACUAUUGCGCCGGCGUGGGUUUGGCAGAAUCAAUAUUCAAAGCCUUUUAGUCUUUGGCGGUGCUUAGCAAAGGACGGAAAAGAUCUUAGAGAGAGAGAGAGAGAUUCAUACGCCCGCCAGGCCUCUCUGCGAGGCCCAUGUGGGGAACUAGCUAGGAUGACUAAUUACAUGAUGGUUGCCUUGUGUC